GAUGACACAGAAGAAAAUUCCAAUGAUGGCAGCCAGCCAUCCAAGAGACGGCGUAUGGGCUCAGGGGACAGUUCUCGGAGCUGUGAAACUUCCAGUCAAGACCUUGGGUAUAGUUAUUUUCCUGCUGAAAAUUUGAUAGAAUACAAAUGGCCGCCUGAUGAAACAGGAGAAUACUAUAUGCUUCAGGAGCAAGUCAGUGAAUAUUUAGGUGUGACUUCCUUUAAAAGAAAAUAUCCAGAUUUAGAAAGGCGAGAUUUAUCUCACAAGGAGAAACUCUACCUCAGAGAACUAAAUGUUAUCACAGAGACUCAAUGCACACUAGGUCUAACAGCUUUGCGUAGUGAUGAAGUAAUUGAUCUUAUGAUUAAAGAAUACCCUGCCAAACAUGCUGAGUAUUCUGUUAUACUGCAAGAGAAAGAACGGCAGCGAAUAACAGAUCAUUACAAAGAGUAUUCUCAAAUGCAGCAGCAGAAUACACAGAAGGUAGAAGCCAGUAAAGUUCCAGAAUAUAUUAAAAAAGCUGCCAAGAAAGCUGCAGAAUUCAACAGCAAUUUAAACCGAGAGCGGAUGGAAGAAAGAAGAGCCUAUUUUGAUUUACAGACACAUAUUAUCCAGGUGCCUCAAGGAAAAUACAAAGUCUUGCCUACAGAGAGAACAAAGGUUAGUCCUUAUCCAGUGGCUCUCAUACCCGGCCAGUUCCAGGAGUACUACAAAAGAUAUUCUCCAGAUGAACUUCGUUACUUGCCGUUAAACACAGCUCUUUAUGAACCUCCUUUGGAUCCGGAGCUGCUUACACUGGACAGUGAUGGAGAUUCAGAUGAUGCAGAAGAAGGGCGAGGUGAUGAAAAAAGAAAAACCAAAGGCAAUUCGGACAAUUCAUCUGGCAAUGUAUCUGAAGGUGAUUGCGUCACAGACAACCAGGAGGAUUCUUUUCAGGGAAGACAAAAAACAAGAGACAAAAGUGCUACUCCAAGAAAAGAUGGUUCCAAACGUUCUGUAUUACCCAAAUCAGUUCCUGGGUACAAGCCAAAGGUCAUUCCAAAUGCUAUAUGUGGAAUUUGUCUGAAGGGUAAGGAGUCCAACAAGAAAGGAAAACCUGAAGCUCUUAUACAUUGCUCCCAGUGUGACAACAGUGGCCACCCUUCUUGCCUUGAUAUGACCCCGGAGCUUGUUGCUAUGAUUAAGACUUACCCUUGGCAAUGUAUGGAGUGUAAAACGUGCAUUAUAUGUGGGCAGCCUCACCAUGAAGAAGAAAUGAUGUUCUGUGAUGUAUGUGACCGUGGUUAUCACACUUUUUGUGUGGGGCUUGAUGCUAUCCCUUCAGGUCGCUGGAUUUGUGAUUGUUGUCAGAAAGACCCUCCUGUACCCAGAAGAGGAGGAAGAAGGGGGAAAAACAGCAAGGAGGGCUAAGAAAGCCCCAAACACUUGCUGUCCAAAACUUAACUGCACAAAUUAAAGUGAUACUCUGGUGCUAUUUAAUCAACCACUCUAUAAGAGGAGCAAUACCACUUUUUUCUUUUUACUAAAUAAACUUUGUCUAUAUAGUGA